AUGGAGAUGUGGACCAGGCUGUGCCCUUGGAAGCAGCGGUCAUGUGUCGAUCCACUCAAUUGUUCCGACUCGGGAAAGCAGAGUUCCACAGUGCAGCGGUGCAGUUCCAACCAGUUAACCUCUGCAGAAGACGUGCUGAACAAAACUGCUUGCUUCCAAGAUAAAAUGUGUCAGAAUUUCAGCAUGGAAAGUGAUAUCAAGGGCAUGGAAACCUUUACAAACACGGUUCUCAAUCAUUCACUGCUGGAAACCAUGAACACAAAUGAAAGGCUGAAGGUAGUAACAGCCACAAUGGACCUUGUGGACAAUAUGGCCAUGGCGAUAGCUCUCACUCUGCCCAGUUCAAAAGUGAAGACCAUCACAACAGAUUCAUUUGUUCUGAAGGUCCAGGUGAUUGAAAAGAAGAAUAGCAGUGAGGACCAGUUGGUGGAGAUGCAGAUUAAGGGCAAUGUCAUGAAGAUAUUCUGGAGUUCAAUCACUGGAGGCACUAACCCUGGGUUUGUGGCUAUUUCCUUUCUCGUAUACGAAGACAUGGAAUCCUUAUUGAACAGAGAGAUUAAAGGAGGAAACUCAUCUGAGAGGACGGUCCCAUUAAAAUCCAAGGUGGUCUCAGCCACGAUCAGCAACAAAGUUGCCAGCUCCAAGCUGCAAGAAAUAGUCAAUUUCACUCUGGAACUCAACCAGACACAGGAACAGAAAGACAACGAGAAGCCAACGUGUGUGUUUUGGAAAACGACGGAAGAGGAAAGUGUCUGGUCCCAUGAGGGUUGUGUAACGUAUGGUUUCAAUCAGACAUACGUGGACUGCCAGUGUGAUCACCUCACAAGCUUUGCUAUUUUAAUGGCUCCUGUUGAUCUUGAGGAUGACCGACACUUGAAGGUGAUCACCUACAUCUGCCUCAUCAUCUCUCUGCUGUGCCUCGCCGCCUCCAUCGCCAUCUUUGUCAACUGCAGCUCCAUCCAGAACGCCAACACCACCGUCCACAAGCAUCUGAGCUUCACCCUCUUCCUGGCACAGUUCGUCUUCCUGAUAGGAAUGCCGAUUAAACACGAGGUGGUGUGCGGCCUGAUCGCAGGCUGUUUGCAUUACCUCUUCCUCGCUGUCUUCAUCUGGAUGUUCCUGGAGAGUUUGCAGCUUUUCAUCAUGUCCAGACACCUCACUGUCACAAACUACAGUCGCACGCAGGCCAUCAAACGAAAAUACCUCUACAUUUCCAGCUACGCCGUGCCUGCUGUGAUAGUCGUUAUCUCCGCGGCAAUAAAACCCAAAGGAUACGGAUCGAAUAAUGGCUGUUGGCUGACCCUGGAGUCAGGUUUCCGCUGGAGUUUCCUGGGGCCAGCCUGCCUGGUGAUCGUGGUCAACACUGUGCUGCUAGCUUGGACACUCUGCCUAUUGAGGAAACAUUUUGCUUCACGCAACAAGGAAGUGUCAAAGCUCCAAGAAACCAGAACCCUGACCCUGAAGGCUGCCGCACGGAUGCUUGUUUUGGGAAGCACCUGGAUCUUGGGAAUAUUCCAGGUGGAUGAGAGCACCAUGGUGUUGUCCUCCUUGUUCACCAUCAUCAACAGUCUGCAGGGGAUGUUUGUAUUCCUCAUUUACUGCGUCUUCAACCGCCAGGUGGCGACUGAAUGUCGGAAAUGGUUGACCAAAAAGCACAAGAAUUUCACCACCGAAUCCUCACAGAUUGAGAUGACUGAGACAUAAAACGUUAUAAGCGGAAGGUUCAAGACUCAAGGACAAGAUUUAUCUCAGUGGAUCUUCCUCCUUUCAUGCUCUCUCACUGUCGUUCCCCAACUCGUUCUGCUUUCUACCCUGAAGAUUAUGGAUUGAAGUCACGCUCCAGUGGUGGGAGAUUAACGUUUCAGGAAUGCUUGCUCCUCCAGUGUUAUUUGGCUCAUCCUGGGCUUGUGAAAAUACACUGUACAAUGUAAGGCAGUGUCUGCAAGUAAGCUGAUCAGGGAAUGUGUGGAUGAACAUUGGCUUUUGUGCAUGUGACCACAAAUAUACAAUACAAUACAAUACAAUACAAUUUAUUGUCAUUUGAGCCCCAGUGAGGCUCAAACGAAAUUCUGUUUCCACAGCCAUACAAACAAAGACAAUUUCCUAGACAUACACACAAUUUAAUUCACACAAACAUCCAUCACAGUGGACCCACUGUGAUGGAAGGCAAAGUCUUUUCUCUCCCCUGUUCUCCAUGUCUCUCCCGAUAUCCAAGCCCCAGGUGGGCGAUGAUAAGUCCCACGGCCAUUUUAGGCCGUGCCGGGCGAUUUACGGCCCCGCUCCCGGUCUAAAUGUCACAAAGUUGGAGCCCCCGGCGGGCGCUGGAAUGUCCCACGGCCAUGAAGCCGCGCCGGGCGAUGUACGUCCCCGCUCCAGGUCGUUCCAACCCCGCGACACGGGCUGGAGAAGUCGCGUUGCGGGAGCUCCGGGAAGCGGUCUCUCUCCCCCCGGACCCGCGAGCUCCCGAUGUCCCAGUUCACCGGACCUGUGGCUGCGUUGCUGGAGCCUCCGAGCCCCAGGAGUCGAGUCGCAGCAGCGAGUCACCACCGCUCCCCACGCUCCGAGGCCGGCCAGCCCCACGAUGUUGAGUAGUCCGCAGCUCCGCAGUCUCCCGAGCCCACGGGUCGUUCAGGUUGGAGGCCGCUCCACGGUGCUAGGCCCCAACGACAACGGAGACCCGACAGGGAAAAGGUCGGGUCUC